AUGCGUUUCCCAACCCAAUACCUCUUCGCGGCUUACUGGGCCUUAGGCGCUCAUCGAGCAGCCGCUAUUCCCGUCGCUGAUAAGGUAGACGGCGCAUCCCAAUGCCACAAGACGAAGGUUGCGAUCUUGGGCGCUGGUGUGGCCGGCAUAACGGCCGCCCAGGCUCUUGUCAACGCGUCUGUUACUGACUUUCUCAUUGUCGACCGCAAUGACUACAUCGGCGGCCGUGUGAAGCACACCGAUUUCGGUAAGCGGGUUGACGGCACGCCUUAUACCGUCGAGUUGGGCGCAAACUGGGUACAGGGACUGGGCAGCCCAGGUGGUCCUGAGAACCCCAUCUGGACGCUAGCAAAGAAAUACGGACUGCAGAACACAUAUUCGAACUACAGCUCCAUCUUGACAUACGAUGAGGAAGGGGCCGCUGACUUCGGGUCUCUCUUCGAUGAGAUGGAUGAAGCUUACACGAUUGUCGAGCAGGAUGCCGGUUAUGUCUUGACCGAUAACCUCCAGGAUACUAGCAUGCGCGCGGCUUUCAGUGUGGCGGGUUGGAAACCCAAGAAGAACAUGCACCAACAGGCUAUAGAAUGGUGGUAUUGGGAUUGGGAGACAGCGUACUCGCCCGAGCAGUCCGGCUUCUUGUACGGAAUAACGGGUUAUAACCUGACCUUUUACCAGUGGAGCGACGAAAACAAUUUCGUCACAGACCCUAGGGGCUUCAAUGCCUUCAUAAUUGGCGAGGCAACCGAAUUUCUCGGCGAGAACGACCCACGUCUUCUGCUGAACACAAUGGUGAAAUCUGUUGCUUACGGACCUGACGGUGUCAAUAUUACGUUUGAAGAUGAUGGCUGCAUCGAAGCCGAGUAUGCCAUCGCAACGUUUUCAAUCGGGGUACUACAAAACGAUAUCGUAGAAUUCAAGCCCCAGCUCCCGCGCUGGAAGCAAGAGGCUAUCGAGCAGUACCAAAUGGGAACGUACACGAAAGUUUUCUUUCAGUUCAACGAGACGUUCUGGGACACGAACACCCAGUACUUCCUUUAUGCCGAUGCGAACCACCGUGGCUACUACCCUGUGUGGCAGUCGCUCGACGGGCCGGGCUUCCACGAGGAUUCGCAUAUAAUCUUUGUGACAGUAGUUGGGCCCGAGUCAUACCGCAUCGAGGAGCAGCCCGACGAGGUGACCAAAGCCGAGUGCCUUGCAGUCUUGAGGGACAUGUUUCCCGACAAGGACAUUCCAGAGCCCGUCGACUUUAUGUAUCCACGUUGGAGCACAGAAGAGUGGGCUUUUGGGUCAUACAGCAACUGGCCCGUCGGCAUGACACUCGAAAAGCACCAGAACAUACGAGCAAAUGUUGAGAGGCUGUGGUUUGCCGGCGAGGGUACAAGCGCACAAUAUUAUGGCUUCUUGCAGGGCGCGUGGUUUGAGGGUCGCGAUGCGGGGCAGCGCAUCGCUGGAUUAAUAAACGGCCCUGAUGAGGAGGUGCUGUGCAAUAGUGAAACCACUAUUGACUGUGGUCCCCAGGCCAAAUACGAGGUUUUGCAUAGUACGACAUUCCUGGACGAGUAUAACGUUCUGAAUGGAUGGCCAGUCAGCAGCUUUUUGGACUAUGGGUACGAGGAAUAA